GCAGGACUGGGCGGGGCGGCCGGCGGUGCGGGCGGCUGGCUUGGCGGGUAGGGCCACAGGUAACCUGCGGGCGCGGGGAGCGCAGCGGGGCGAGCGGUGGCUGGAGCGCGGCGCUGGGCGGCGCCGAGGCCCAGGGGCCGCGGGAGCCAACGGGAGCGCAUUCCCACCGUCUCCCCGCGCCCCCAGACCCUGCAGCCGACAUCGGUCCCUGCGGCGAGGACGGCCGGCGGGCUCACGAGAGGAAGGUGGUGAAAAUGGCCUAGUCACACAGGCCUUUUCCAAUGGUUGAGAACAUCCUUCACCUGGGACUGCUGAUCCAGGCCAGCGGCUGAAGGAACUUGUCUCCUGCUUUCCCUGGAAACCGCCUUCCUCUCCUAAUUCAUGAGCCAGCAGGAUGUGGUCGCUGCACUGUCAGAACGCCUGCUCAUAGCUGCAUACAAAGGCCAAGCAGAGAAUGUGGUUCAGCUCAUCAACAAGGGUGCCAAAGUAGCAGUUACCAAGCAUGGCCGGACUCCCCUGCAUCUUGCUGCCAACAAGGGCCAUCUUUCUGUGGUUCAGAUCUUGCUGAAGGCUGGCUGUGACCUUGACAUCCAAGAUGAUGGGGAUCAAACCGCCUUGCAUCGGGCCACAGUGGUGGGAAACACGGAGAUCAUCACGGCACUCAUCCAGGAGGGCUGUGCUCUGGACCGACAGGACAAGGAUGGAAAUACUGCACUUCACGAGGCAUCCUGGCACGGCUUCAGCCAGUCAGCCAAGCUCCUUGUUAAAGCAGGAGCCAACGUGCUUGCCAAGAACAAGGCGGGGAACACAGCUCUGCACCUGGCCUGCCAGAACAGCCACGCCCAAAGUACCCGUGUCCUCCUGUUGGCUGGCUCCCGCGCUGACCUAAAAAAUAACGCAGGCGAUACCUGUUUGCACGUGGCUGCACGCUAUAACCACUUGCCCAUCAUUAAGCUCCUCCUCAGUGCUUUCUGUUCUGUCCAUGAAAAGAACCAGGCUGGAGACACAGCUCUUCAUAUUGCUGCUACCACUAAAUCACAAGAAGGUGGUGAAGAUCUUACUGGAGGCUGGAGCUGAUGGGACCAUUGUUAAUAAUG